CUCGCAUUGCGCCGACCGCUCCUGCAUACUACACGCCUUCACUACACAUUCACGAUGCAAUCCAUACCAGAUGCACGCCAGCAGUCCUUCGAGGAGCUGUACGGACCGCCCGAGAACUUCCUCGAGAUCGAGGUCCGCAAUCCUAUGACACACGGCGUCGGCCGCGGCAUGUACACAACCUACGAGAUCGUAAUGCGCACCAACAUCCCCGCCUUCAAGCUGAAGUCCUCCUCCGUACGCCGGCGCUACAACGAAUUCGAAGCCUUCAGAGACAUCCUCGAGCGCGAGAGUGCGCGCGUUACGAUACCACCGCUGCCGGGCAAGGUCCUGACGAACCGCUUCUCAGACGACGUGAUUGAGCACAGGAGGGAAGGACUGCAGAGGUUCUUGCAGAUAGUUGUUGGACACCCACUGCUCCAGACAGGGAGCAAGGUGCUGGCGGCGUUUGUACAGGAUCCAAACUGGGACCGACAUGCGUGGUAAUCGAGGUGGUGAAAGAAGAAGAGACAAUCGACACUACCACAGUUCUGCGGUACAAUACCGGCAGCAGCUUAAGCUGGGGUGCUGGAGGGAUACUCAACACAUCGAGGCAUUUACAUGCGUUAAGGAGCGAUACGAGCGUUUCGUGGAUAUCAACAAAAUGCAAAUACUUUCA